AUGGACCUACCAGAUUCAAUGCUCCUCCUCGAACCUCUGCAUUGCACAGCAGAAGAGAUUCUCCAAGGCGGAGCUCGCAACCCUGCCGCCGUGCACAGAUAUCUCGACUGUCUGUCACGAGGAUGGCUAGGCCAAGCACUGAUAGAACGAUACACCUACGGCGAACCUCCUUCAGCACCAGCAGGAAUGCUCCAAACCAAUAGAAUAAGGAAUGGCAGACUAGUCGAGUGGUUAAAACCCAUCGAAGACCAAAUCAAAGACGAUUUGAGCGACUUGCUAAAAGGAGGAAACAUUGAGGAUCUUGUCGCUGAAAUGCAUGUUUAUGCAAAAGCAAUGGAUAAUCUGGACGAUCCUGGACGAAAGCUGUCAAGAGAUUUGGUCGUUAUGCUUCAACUAGGUCUUGAUGUAUUGUAG